AUGUCAGGGAGUGACAACCUAGGUCAGGGGAGUGACAACCUAGGUCAGGGGAGUGACAAUCUAGGUCAGGGGAGUUACAACCUAGGUCAAAGGAGUGACAACCUAGGUCAGGGGAGUGACAACCUAGGUCAAGGGAUUGACAACUUAGAUCAGGGAAGUGACAACCUAGGUCAGGGGAGUGACAACCUAGGUCAGGGGAGUGACAACCUAGGUCAAAGGAGUGACAACCUAGGUCAGGGGAGUGACAACCUAGGUCAAGGGAUUGACAACUUAGAUCAGGGAAGUGACAACCUAGGUCAGGGGAGUGACAACCUAGGUCAGGGGAGUGACAACCUAGGUCAAAGGAGUGACAACCUAGGUCAGGGGAGUGACAACUUAGAUCAGAGAAGUGAUAAUCUAGGUCAGGGGAGUGACAACCUAGGUCAAAGGAGUGACAACCUUGGUCAGGGGAGUGACAACCUAGGUCAGGGGAGUGACAACCUAGGUCAGAGGAGUGACAAUCUAUGUCAGGGGAGUGACAACCUAGGUCAGGGGAGUGACAACCUAGGUCAGGGGAGUGACAACCUUGGUCAGGGGAGUGACAACAUAGGUCAGGGGAGUGACAACCUAGGUCAGGGGAGUGACAACCUAGGUCAGGGAAGUGACAACCUAGGUCAGGGGAGUGACAACCUAGGUCAGGGGAGUGACAACCUAGGUCAGGGAAGUGACAACCUUGGUCAGGGGAGUGACACCCUAGGUCAGGGGAAUGACAACCUAGGUCAGGGGAGUGACAACAUAGGUCAGGGGAGUGACAACCUAGGUCAGGGGAGUGACAACCUAGGUCAGGGGAGUGACAACCUGGGUCAGGGAAGUGACAAUCUAUGUCAGGGGAGUGACAACAUAGGUCAGAGGAGUGACAACAUAGGUCAGGGGAGUGACAACCUGGGUCAGGAAAGUGACAACCUAGGUCAGGGGAGUGACAAUCUAGGUCAGGGGAGUGACAACAUAGGUCAGGGGAGUGACAACCUAGGUCAGGGGAGUGACAACCUAGGUCAGGGUAGUGACAAUCUAGGUCAGGGGAGUGACAACCUAGGUCAGGGGAGUGACAACCUAGGUCAGGGGAGUGACAACCUAGGUCAGGGGAGUGACUACCUAGGUCAGUGGAGUGACAACCUAGGUCAGGGAAGUGACAACCUAGGUCAGGGGAAUGACAACCUAGGUCAGGGGAGUGACAACCUUGGUCAGGGGAGUGACAACCUAGGUCAGGGGAGUGACAACCUAGGUCAGGGGAGUGACAACCUAGGUCAGGGGAGUGACAACCUUGGUCAGGGGAGUGACAACCUAGGUCAGGGAAGUGACAACCUAUGUCAGGGGAGUGACAACCUAGGUCAGGGGAGUGACAGCCUAGGUCAGGGGAGUGACAACCUAGGUCAGGGGAGUGACAACCUAGGUCAGGGGAGUGACAACCUAGGUCAGGGGAGUGACUACCUAGGUCAGGGCAGUGACAACCUAGGUCAGGGAAGUGACAACCUAGGUCAGGAGAAUGACAACCUAGGUAAGGGGAGUGACAACCUAGGUCAGGGAAGUGACAACCUAUGUCAGGGGAGUGACAACCUAGGUCAGGGGAGUGACAGCCUAGGUCAGGGGAGUGACAACCUAGGUCAGGGGAGUGACUACCUAGGUCAGAGGAGAGUGACAACGUUGGUCAGGGGAGUGACAGCCGAGGUCAGGGCAGUGACAACCUAG